UCGGUGACGCCCCAACGUUGUGCGGCAUCAUGGGAGAAUGGAGCUUCUUAGGCGAUAUCCUCCAGGUGGUGAACAUUCACUCCACCAUGACAGGCCGGUUCUGGCUGCUCAUCUUCGUCAUAUUCCGCAUCAUGGUGCUCUCAACUAUCGGCGACAAUCUCUACGAAGACGAGCAAGAGGCUUUCAUAUGUAAUACUUUGCAACCAGGCUGCAAUCAGGUUUGCUAUGACAAGGCCUUCCCAAUGUCGCACUAUCGCUUCUGGAUAUUCCAGAUUAUGGUGCUGUCAGUGCCUCCACUCUCCUUCAUCGCAUAUGCCAUACACAGCCAGACCAAGGAGGAAAUGGCAGAGAAAAUCAUUGAAAAAACCCCAUUGAGAAAUACUGAAGAAAAAGUGAGGUGGGAGAAGACUAAAGCUCAGAGAAGGACCAGAAGAUACACCUUGUAUGUAGUCCACGUGGUGUUCAAGCUGGUCCUGGAGAUCGGCUGCCUCGUGAGCCAGUACUUUGUUUACGGGUUCACCAUCGAGGCCCACUUUCCGUGUGAGCGCUUCCCGUGCCCCAAUAGGGUGGACUGCUUCGUGUCGCGUCCCACAGAAAAGAACGUCUUCCUCUUCUACUACUUUGUCAUCAACGUGAUCUCAACUCUUAUGUACUUGAUCGAGAUCAACCUUAUUGGGUUGAAGAUGCUAAGAUGGAGGCUCAAAAGGACAGAGAAUAAUGAGAAAUAUGUAAAAGACUAUGCAUUUCCUCUGCCCUCAUGCAAGUCCCCCACCAAUAACCCUAAAUCAAAAAAUGGUAUUACAUUGAUCCUGCAUGAUGGAGUGUUUCUAAAUGGCUCUGCUCGAGACAUCACCAGAGUUCAAAACUACAGCAACAUAAAUCAUGAAAACACCUCGAUGAGAAUGGACCCUCUGCCUAUGGACAUGCCUAGGCAGCCAGACAGUGGUAUGAUCCGAAGCAGAGUUGGCUCCCAGUCAGUGUUGAACUCAUAAACUGUGUUUGUGAAAUACAUGAAAUAUUAACUGUAUACACAAAUGGCCAAAGACCACAAGCAGGAACCUGAUGACAAUGAGGCUUUCCUUUGUAAAAAAGAAUCUACAGUAAUAAUCGUGAUCCAUAUUUGUUUUUGGGUUAGGCUGUGUAGUAGUUUUAUGCUUGCAAUUGACAUAAAACUACGAUGUGGCCUAACCCAAACAACAAAUAUGGAUCAUUGUAUUGGCUACGGAAACCUACAUUUU